UUACAUGUCCAGCUGAGCUGUCUCUACACACACCCAUUUAAGGGUUGGCUGAAUUCAGUAUAUAAGCCAGCAGGUUGAUUGCAGAUUAACAGAUCAUUGAGUCUGAGAGUGAAAUAUGGAGAUCAGAACCAUCACAUUUCUUCUCUUCUCUCUGCUAUCCGUCAGGAGGGGACAAGGAUGGUAUACAACAAUUGAAUAUGACUCUGUUUCAUCACCUGCACUGCAAUGUGGUGGAAAUCUGACAGAUCUGAAAGGUGAGUUCACCAGCCCCAACUACCCAGGAAAUUAUCCAAAUUACGCAUUUUGUCAGUGGCUGAUUGUGGCCAACAGCGUGUACCUGAACUUCACUUAUCUAAGUUUGGAAAAUUCAGGCUCGUGCAGCUAUGACAGCGUGUCUGUGUAUGAUGGCCCAUCCACCUCAUACCGCCUGCUGGCAAAAAUGUGCGGGCAGCAGACUCGUUCCUUCAGCUCCACCGGCCCUUCCCUGACCGUGGUCUUCCGAAGCGAUGGCAGUGUCAACUACAGGGGAUUUCAUGCACAAUAUGAAGGUCGAGUACCACCAACAAGCUAUGGGUCCUGUAGGUACAACUGUGGUUACCACGUGGGGUCCUGCUCCUGCAGCAGCUCCUGCCGUUACUAUGGCAACUGCUGCCAUGACUACAACAUGUACUGUGGAACAACAACAAACAGUCCAGUAACACCAACUGGCUAUGGAACCUGUAGGUACAACUGUGGCUACCACGCAGGGUCCUGCUCCUGCAGCAGCUCCUGCCGUUACUAUGGCAACUGCUGCCAUGACUACAACACGUACUGUGGAACAACAACAGAAAGUCCACAUGAUUCAACAGCAAUUUAUCCCCAGUGCGGAGGAAAUCUCAAUGGAUCCGGGUCAUUCUCCAGCCCUUACUACCCCAGCUAUUACCAUAACAACGCCUACUGCGUGUGGCGCAUUUCAGCUCUGUCCGGGCAACGAGUGGUUUUGACAAUCACUGACGUACAGCUGGAGAACUGCUGCUCCUGUGACUACAUCGAGGUGUAUGACGGGUCCUCCCUCAGCUCCCGGCCCCUUGGGAAGGUCUGCCUCAACAGCACCACGGAGGACUUCCACUCCUCCUCCAGAUACCUGACGGUUCUCUUCCGGAGUGACAGUUCGGUGGUCAGCAGGGGCUUCAGAGCAGACUACACCAGCUCUCUCCCCGACAGCGCAGGUCGGGUGGACUGCUCCUCAGACAACAUGACCAUAGUCAUCCAGACAUCCUAUCUCAACUCCGUGGGAUACAGUGGUUAUGAUCUGUACCUGAACGACCAGUACUGCCGUCCAAGUGUGUCAUCCUACCAGGUGGUUUUCAGCUUUGCGCUGAACACCUGUGGGACCAGGCGAGAGUUCAACAACGGGAGGAUCGUGUACACCAACGGCGUGCGGGCGUACAAGUCUCGGUCGGGCGAGAUCACCCGCCAGUCUAACUUCAAGCUACAGGUGCUGUGCAGAAUGGAGCAGGACGCCACCGCGCAGAUCAUGUACGUGGCGCGCGAGCGCGUAGAGGGCAACAUCACAGGCAGCGGCAGGUUCAACGUCACCAUGGCCUUCUACACCUCUGGGAGCUUCCAGUACCCCGUGUACGACUCUCCCUACGUCGUCAGCCCCAGCCAGUACCUGUACGUGCAGGUCAGGCCCAGGAGGACGGACAGCAGCCUGGUCCUGUUCCUGGACACCUGCGUGGCCUCGCCUUCCCCUUACGACUUCCACACCAGGACCUACGACCUGGUCCGCAACGGCUGCAAGAGGGACAGCAGCUAUUACGAGUAUUCCAGCGGCAGCCGGGAGGUGGCGCAGUUCCGCUUCCAGGCCUUCGCGUUCCUGCGCAGCCACGCCGAGGUCUACCUGCAGUGCAAGGUCGCUAUAUGCAGGGCCAACGACUACAGCUCCCGCUGCUCCCAGGGCUGCCGCACGCGCAAGGCCAGGAGCCUCAGGUCUGCCGCCAACGGCGAGACCGCCACCAUCCUCCUGGGUCCCAUCCAGCUCAGAGAUCCUAAAAAGCCAGAGGAGGGCUUUCCUGAAGAAAGCGUGGUCCAGAUGGAGGUGUGAGUCACCUGGAUGCUCACCAAAAGUUGCAUCGCUCUCUCUCUCUCUCUCUUUCCAGAUUUAGCCUUCCCAUCCCAAUCAAAGUUACAUUAGGAAAAUUCUAAAAAGGGUCACUGACUUUUGCUUUGACUUGUUUAUCAUAAGCUUUCACUCAUGGAAAAAUAAAAGAACGUCUGUUGAAUCUUGCUGAAUAUAAAAUUAAAAGCAUUCACAAAUACUA